CUCUCGAUCUCUUUCUGCUUCUUCAAAGAAAAGAAAAAUUAAGAACUUGAUUGAUUGAAGAGAGAAAUGGCAAAGUUAAUGAAGAGAAAGACAAAGACACUUAUAGUUAUCUUCAUAAUCUCUGUGAUUCUUUCUUUAAAAUUUCCAUCUGAAAUAGAGGAGGAGGAAAGGGCCAAAAGAGAGAAGCUGGAAAAAGAAGAGAGAACAUUUUCUGUUUUUCUACAAAGAGAGAGUGCCACAAGUACUCGAGGAGGUGUUGUUUCUUUAGCUGAUGAGCUUCACGGUCUUGAAUACGAUUUUUAUCGCCAGAAUUGUCCACAAGCUGAGUCUAUUGUUAGAUCAACAAUGGCAAGGAUUUACAUGCAGCAAAAUGAUAUUUCUUUUGGUCUUUUAAGGCUUCUUUUCCAUGAUUGCUUCAUCAAGGGUUGUGAUGCUUCAGUCUUCUUGGAUGAUAGCAAUGGGAAUAAAAACCGUUCCAUUGAGAGGCAGGCCGCUCCGAACAAGACCUUGAGAGGUAUUAAUGAGAUUGACAUGAUCAAGGAGGAGCUUGACAAUGCAUGCCCAGGAGUAGUUUCAUGUGCUGACACCCUUGCACUUGCCACCAGAGAUGCUGUUGUGCUGGCUGGUGGUCCAUUUUAUCCAGUUUUUACAGGCAGGAGAGACAGUACUCAAUCCUACUUUGAUGAAGCCAUGGACGAGAUUCCAAAGCCCAAUGAUAACAUCACCCGAACACUUUUCCUCUUUUCCCGCAGAGGUUUUGAUGAAAGAGAAACAGUCAAUCUCUUAGGUGCUCAUAAUGUAGGCAAAAUCAGCUGUGACUUCAUCCGGAAUCGCCUCACUAACUUCUCUGGGACAGGACAGCCAGAUGCCUCUGUAGAUCAUGAUUUCCUAAAUGAAUUGAGACUUGCUUGUCAGGAUAGCAACAGCACCAAUCAUAAUGGAACUGUAGCUUCUAUGACAUCAAGGGAGAUGAGGAACUCUAGUUCGGCAAUGAUUUUCCAAGGAUUAUCCGCUUCUAUACCAUCUGGAGCACGUUUUGAUAACCACUACUAUCAGAAUUUGUUGGGGGGUAGAGGACUUCUAUUUGCUGAUCAACAAUUGAUGGCUGAUGAGAAUACCGCAAGAUUGGUGGCAGUUUAUGCUUCAGAUGAUGGAACAACCUUUAGAAGGGACUUUUCCAGGUCCAUGGUGAAGAUGUCAAACCUUGGUGUCUUGACUGGAACUCUAGGUCAGGUCCGAAACAAAUGCUCCUUUCCCACCAGCCAAUCUUGAAUGACAGAGUCCAGCAACAGUCAACUCUUGUGACGAACGGUAAGAUCAGUUCUUUUUCCUUCAAAAGACUACCAAAGAGUUUGAGAAGUAAUAAUCACCAGGCUGAAGAGAAGGAAUCUCAUCGCGAUUAUUAAAUAACUUCGCUUUCAGUAUAUACAGAUCCCAGUCUCUUGUGCACCUGGAACAUUCUAAGAUUCAUUAAUUUUAGGGUUCUAGUGAGCUGUUGUUGGUUGUGAUAAUCAGCCAAAAAUUGCAUUUGCAAAUCCGGAUUCAGAACUCUUGGUGUAGUGUCUGCAGAUUAUUCUCACAAUAAGGGCAACACAAAUCCCAUCA